AAAAAUAUAAACAAGGCUGGAUCGAACACGUGUUUCUUUGAUUGAAGAUUGAAGUUUCUUCUGAGCAUGCAUAUAAAAAUGUUUGACAUCAAGACGACAACAACGUUAUAAAAUAUCAAGUUAAAGAUGGAUAACCCACUUUCUGAUCCAGGUUUAGUUUUAGAAGCUCUGAAACAUCUGACAACACCAGCUUCACAAACUCAUAAUACUGACAAUGAUACAAGUAAUCUGAACACUUUUGAUCUACUGCUGAAUUCAUGUAUAGAUAAGUUUUUCCAUGAAACUCAAAAAGACAAGUUCCAGGAACUGUAUGCAUACUUUAAAAACAUGGGGCACACAGAGACAGUUAAAACAGGAUUUGAACUGAGAUGGACCUUUACUUGUCUUUGUUUAAAAGUGUUAGAAAUACUUUGUUCAUCCAUAGAAAGAGCAAUGAUCAUAUUUCAGAAAGAACAGGAAGCAAAACUAUCAAGCCAAGGGAGUGAACUGAAACCAUCUCAAGCUCCUCCCCUGUCUCCUGACACUUUAAGUGUAGCACAGCAAAAAACAGUAUUGACAACCAUUCAGUUUAUCAUAGUCCUUGGUAUAAGUCCUUACUUACAAGAAGGAGUAGGACUGCAAGCAACCCAACGAUCAGGGUUUUGGGAAGUAAUUGACCUUCAAACUAAAGAUAAAAGUAUUAAUAGCAUAGAAAAAGAUUUAAGAAUGAUUCAAUGUCUUCAAGUAUUACUGAAAUGCUGUAAAGUUGAGAGUUUAGGAACCUUAAUUCUUUCAAGACAUUUGGGAGAUAUUCUUGCCGCUCUGUUGCAACUUGUUAAUGGACAAAAAAUAAUGCAAAAUCAAGUAAAGCCUUCACAAGAAACUGACUGUGCAAGGGAACCAAAACUGUCACAUGACCUGAAUACUGAAAAGAAUACAAGUAAAAUUCAAUCAGAAAAAUGGACACCUGCAACCAUUGUAGAUAUGGCUCUCAGUGGUCAGAUUGGUCAAGGCACUAGCAAAUUGCAAGACAAACAAAUCUGCACUGACAAAAUUUCAGACUCAGGAAAAAACAAAGUACAAGAAAACAAAAGAAGUGUUGUUUCCAAGGAAGAUGUAAACUUUUGUGAAGAAAGUUUGAAUAAUUUACUAGAGAAAAUCAGUCAGCCAUUACUUGUGAGGGAACUUAUGGUGUUACAAGGAGGCCCUGGUAAACAGCCAGUUCAGAAGGGUGACGGAGUGAACCGACAGGUUAAACCAAUACUGAUAAAGGCCCCUGUUUGGCUAAGGAAGAUCUGUGGCCAGUUGCUUACUGGUAUUUUGAUGAAACCACAAGGUGUCCACCAUGUUUUACAUGGCAUGCUGGGAAAUGCAGUUGCUGAUGUCAGUGGAAAUCUGAUAGCUGAUUGGAGGAGAUUUGAUGCUGUUGCCAAGGUGAUAGCAAGUUGCCCUAAAAUGUGUACAUCUGCCGAAGAAUACUUCAAACUAGUCUCACCUCAGAUAUUAUCUUUACUUCACCAACCGAAUAAACAGAUAGCCAAACAUUUUUUACGUGUAGCCUGUAGUACUAUUGUUAAUAUGGCCACUAGUUCACCUGACUUGACUGAGAAAUAUAUCAUCAAACCUUUGCUAAAGCCACUUCUAUUAUGUACACAGGAUAAUGAUUAUGUUAUCAGCGACACACAGCAGAUUAUUGUAGAUGAGAAGUCUUUGUCUCUUUGUGUUGAAGAUAUUCACAAGGUGUUUGUGGCUUGUACAGAACCUAACAGUACUUUGUGUAUCUACCUUAUACCAGUGUUACAGCCAUUAUUUCACCUAUACUGUUUUUCACAGAAAGGAAUUUCACAUCUCAAAUCAGCCAUUCAUGAAAUUUUAACCACUAGUUUGAAGCAAUACUCCAAAACCAAGUCUCUACAGUAUCUACAGUGUUUGUUAUUGGAUACCCCAUCUACUCAGGACAUGAUGUAUUUACAUCCAAACCUUAUGUUUGCCCCAGCAAAUGGAGGAGGCAUUGUUAUAGUCACCAGAAAGAAGGAUGAGCAAGACAAAAGUCAGAUAUGGUCAGAUGGUGUUUUAGAGCUGCUGAAAGACUUACAGACAUGUGGUCUUCCUGGAGAUUUCUUCUUGUAUAUGAUGAAGGAAUUGAGUAGUAUAAUCAAAGAUGAAAUAACUGAACCAUCAGUUCAGCUUCCACAUGGUAGGAAUGUCCUUGAUAAUGACCUUUGCAGUAAGAAGAUCCAUAUCCUUAAUUUAUUGGCCAGUCUGUGUGAAAGUAUUGGUCCCUCGUGUCUGACAAACACACAACAAACUCUGGAUUUUGUGGAAGUAACGUUAGAGAGAGCAGUACAUGUUUUACAGGCAUGUGAUGAUGAAACAACAACAGUGUUUGAGAAUGAGACUCUGACAAUGGCCAUGGGACUUAUUACAUCUGUUCUCAGUGGAGGGUUAAAGUGCACAGAAGAGGAUAGAGAACAUAUGCAGAAAUUGUUGCCAUUAUUACAAAUACUUGUUGACAGCCAUCCUGAUUUAGAAGUACAGGAGAUGGCAUCUGACAUCAGGGUGGCCAUAGCAACUCAUGGUGUUGUCUGGUCAGAUAGGCUUUCAAAGUCCUCGCAGAAGAAAAAGGAAAAAUCAGAAGAGUCACCCAAACUGGAUGGAAAAGUAAAAUCUAAGGGCAAACCUUUAAUAGAAGUUUUAGAUAGUGAGGACCAUGGUUCCAGUAAACAGUUUCUCAAACAUUCAGAAGACAAAGAAACACAUUAUUCCUCUUUUAAGGAGGCAUUGAAAGAGUUGUGUGACCCUUUGAUCCCUAUUAGAGGUCAUGGGUUAAUUUCAUUAUGUAAAUUAGUUGAGAACAAGGACAAUGAAACCAAGGAGAAACAAGAAGUGGUCCUGAAAAUAUUUGAAGAAAACCUUAGUCAUCCAGACUCUUACUUGUAUUUAUCAUCUGCCAGAGGCUUGUCAUUAUUGGCAGACAAAUUUCCAGACCUUGUUAUUCCAAAACUUACUUCUGAGUUUGCUGAUUUUGACAAAAAUGGAAGAAGUGUUGAACUUAGGAUGAAGAUUGGAGAAUGCAUAGUUCAGACAACAAGACGAUUAGGUAGCAUGGCUCCAAAAUACAGAGAUAUUCUACUGCCAUCCAUACUUAGUGGUGCUAGAGACAAAGAUCCAUUAGUCAGAGCUAGCAGUUUAUCAAAUCUAGGGGAAAUCUGUAAAGUUGUCAGAUUUUCUCUGGGAAAUGUGAUUCGUGAGAUAUUUGAAUGCUGCCAGAGUUUACUGAAGACUGAUGAUAGUCCUGAAGUAAGGAAAGCUGCAGCAAUGCUGACUACCAUGCUGUUACAAGGUCUGGGGAAAGAUAUGUUGCAGGUAUUGGAAUCUGUACUACGUGAUCUGUAUCAUCUUCUGAAGUUGACCUUGAAAACUGAGAAAGAGGAAAAGGUCAAAGAUCACAUUUUAUUGUCCUUAAAUGAGCUGGAUGACAUAAUGAAAGAUUAUUUGUUUCCAAAACAGACAUUACAGAAAAAGAUAACUGUUCUUGGUCAAACAUAACAAAUAAAGAAGUAAAUUGU